AAUUACCUAAAUGAUGGAUGAACACACUGUGGAACUGUCAUUCUCACUCGCGCUUUCUCAGCUCCGAUUCCUCUCACUUUCUCUCUCCUACCACCGGAACCAAUUCCGGCGAAUCUUCCGCCAUUAGUGCCACCCUUGUAAUCUAGGAGACCUUACUGUGUUUUUGUAGAGGAAAAUGGAGGAUGUUGUAGAGCAACAAAGUCAAUUUGUAGGUGAAGAAGGAGAGAGUGAUAUCAUAACUGAGGAGGCUGCAUUUGUCCGUGAAGAACCACAUCAAGAUGGUAAUGCCCCUCCAAAACCAGACGCUGAAGUUGAGGUUCUUCACGAGAAAGUUACCAAGCAAAUUAUUAAGGAAGGUCAUGGUGAAAAACCAUCCAAAUAUUCCACAUGCUUCGUGCAUUACAGGGCAUGGACGGAAAGCACACAACACAAGUUUGAAGACACAUGGCAGGAGCAGCGGCCAAUAGAGCUAGUUCUGGGCAAAGAGAAGAAAGAGAUGGAAGGCUUAAGAAUUGGUAUUUCAAACAUGAAGUCUGGAGAACGUGCCUUGUUACAUGUUGGUUGGGAACUAUGCUAUGGGAAAGAAGGAAGCUUCUCCUUUCCAAAUGUUCCACCCAUGGCAGAUAUUUUAUAUGAAGUUGAACUCAUUGGUUUUGAUGAAACCAACCAAGGUAAACAACGCAGUGACAUGACGGUUGAGGAAAGGAUUGGUGCUGCAGAUCGACGAAGGAUGGAUGGCAAUGCUUUAUUCAAAGAGGAGAAACUGGAGGACGCAAUGCAACAGUAUGAAAUGGCAAUAGCAUAUAUGGGAGAUGAUUUCAUGUUCCAGCUUUUUGGGAAGUACCAUGAUAUGGCUUUGGGUGUCAAGAAUCCUUGUCACCUUAACAUGGCUGCAUGUUUCAUAAAGCUCAAGCAAUAUGAGGAUGCCAUUACGCAAUGCAACAUUGUCUUAGCUGAAAAUGCAAACAAUGUCAAAGCACUGUACAGACGAGGAAAAGCAAGAGCAGAACUCGGACAAACAGAAGCAGCUAAAGAAGAUCUUCUGAAGGCGCGUAAAUAUGCACCUAAUGAUAAAGCCGUUGCCAGAGAGUUGCAGUUGCUUGCUGAACAUGAUAAGGUUGUCUAUCAGAAACAGAAGGAGAUGUACAAAGGAAUACUCGGACCAAGGCCCGAACCCAAGCCCGAGAGAACUAAUUGGUUAGCAUUCUUUUGGCAGUGGUUAAUCUCAUUAUUCUAUAAGCUUUUCAAUAGGAAAACAGAGAAAACUGAUUGAUUCAUGUAUGAAUUUCCCUGAAAAAUGUAACUAACUAAAUUAAACUCAUGCCAGAAUGAAUUCGAUCCGGCUGUUAAGAACUGUAUUUGUAAAAUCUAAAUAGCAAAUUACAUGUUUUUUUUUCCUGGAAAUGGAUGUACCUGGUUAUGAUAAACAAUACAGUUUGGUAAUGGUUGGCAUUGUGUUUUGCUGUUUC